AUUCAUGCUUUAAUUUUUUUUUAAAAAUCAUGGCUCAAUCCAGGAUAGACUUCAGUGCUUCACUAACACAGGACUCUGAUGAAGUUCAGGAAAUGUUUUUGUGAACAUUGUGAUAAACAUGACAAGCAAUAUGUUCCUGCAGAGGGAUUUUGUGAAGACUGUGUUGAGUACCUGUGUGGAAUUUGCCUUAAAUUUCAUAAACGAUAUAUGCCUACUCAUACCACAAAGGAUAAUGAUAACAUGCCACAGGAUUUCUGUCUAGAGAAAUGUUCUGUCCAUCAAGAUGAACUAGUUAAGUUCUAUUGUCAAGCUUGUAAGAAAUUUGCCUGUACUGAAUGCAAGACACAAGACCAUGGGAACUGUAGUAUGAUCAGCCAUUUGCCAACUCUUGUUCCCGGAAUUGAAAACAGCCAAGAAAUCAAAGAACUUUAUGAAAAUCUUAAUGAGUUAAUGAAAGAUUUAGAAAAUACAGAAGAGCAAGUGAACAUAAACAAGAAGGAGAUUGCUUCACAAGAAACAAAGAUAUUAGAUAAAGUUAUGAAAAAGAAAAAAGAAAUACUGUCAGCAUUUGAAAAACAUCAGAAAGAAAUAAUUCAAGACUUUGAGAAGAAAAUAGAAGAAACCUUAAAAGGACUUAAACAGGAGAAAAAAGAGAAGAUUGAAAAAUUACAAGAACAUCAAAGGAAACUAGAAAAGUUAUUAAAUGAUGAGGAGAAUGAAAUAAAGAAGAAAAUUGAAAUCAUAAAAAGGAAUGACAAGAAAGUUUUGAAGACGAUUACUGAAGAAACCUCCAAAAUGAAAACAAAACUAAACACUAUAUCACAGAAACUGGUUUCAUCAUCAAGGUCUGGGACAGUGUUUGUAUGCGGAUAUUCUCCACACAAUAUACAUCAAUUAUCAUCUGACCUGACCAAGGUGAAGAUUCUACUGGGUAAAGAACAAGGAAUAAUUGGACCAUCAGGUGUGGCAUACUGCCAGAAUACAAACAGAUUGUAUGUGUGUCAAUAUGCUAAUAACAUUAAAGUGUAUGAUUUAUCACUGGAAUAA